GACAACUUUUGGUGAAAAGUUACCUGGGCCCGUCAACCAAGUGCCAGCUCCAUCACCGCCCUCGACAUCCUCACUCUGCGCACGCACGAGGCGUGCAAGUACAGCCAUGUCGGGCGCUAAGCACUGGGAGCAGGACAAAGAGGCGACAGUCUACGUCGGCAACAUCGACGAGCGCGCCACCGAUGCCCUCAUCUGGGAGCUCAUGGUCCAGGCCGGCCCUGUCGUCAAUGUCCACCUCCCCAAGGACCGCGUCACGCAGUCUCACCAGGGCUUCGGCUUUGUCGAGUUCAAUGGCGAGGUCGACGCCGACUAUGCCGCCAAGAUCAUGAACGGCAUCCGCCUCUUCGGCAAGCCUCUCCGCGUUAACAAAGCGUCCGCCGACAAGCAGAAGCCUCUCGAGAUCGGCGCCGAACUCUUCAUCGGAAACCUCGACCCCAUGGUCGACGAGAAGAUCCUCUACGACACCUUUAGCCGAUUCGGCACCCUCAUCGCACCACCAAAGGUCGCACGCGACGACAAGGGCCUCAGCAAGGGCUACGGCUUUGUGAGCUACGCCAGCUUCGACGCCAGCGAUGACGCAAUCAACAACAUGAACGGCCAGUUCCUCAUGAACAAGGACGUCAGCGUGCAGUACGCCUACAAAAAGGACGGCAAGGGAGAGAGGCAUGGAGACGAGGCCGAGAGAAUGCUCGCGGCGCAGGCCAAGAAGCACAACGUCACUAUCGAGACACAGCCCAUGCCCCCUGGUCUGCUUCAACAGCCCUCCCAAGCCGCGCCACCGCCGCCUGCUCGGCCACCUCCCAUGGCAAGUGGCGGGUUCGAUCCGUCAAUGAAUGGCAUGCCGCCACCAAUGCCCCGUCCCGUAGGCUUCGCGCCUGGUCCAGGCGGUCCAGGCGGUCCGCGUGGCCCGCCGGGACCGCCGCCAGCUUUUGCAAUGAACAAUGGACCACCCAUGCCCGGGCCAGGCCGUGGCAACCUGCCACCACCACCGUCCGGCUUGCCUGCGAGACCUCCUCCGUCAGGAUUGCCUGCCAGACCGCCGCCUGCCCAGGGAGGUUAUGGCAGCCCAGCAGAUUUCCAUCCUGGUCAUCCUGGUUUGCCAGCUCCUCCGGGCCCUCCUGGCGGUUUCCGUGCUCCAAUGGCGCCACCUGGAUUUGGACCGCCAGGAGGCGCGCCGCCCCCUCCUCCACCAGGAUUUGCACCUGGUUAUGGACGAUGAAUGGGAAUCCAGGAGUCUGACAGAGAGGAGACUCAAUCCUGCAAUGUGCUGGCUGGGAUUUGAGGGGCGGCCCACGAGAUACUGGCUCACUCCGUCGCGGUCGACAGCUUUUAGGGGCUAGAAGUCUGCGCGAUACUCUGGACACAGAAGCUCUUAAACAUGCGCGAGACCAUGAGCGCAAUCAACGAGCUCAACGAGACGCACACGCGAGACAAGCUCACACUCGAGCCGCACUACC